AUGACAAGAAUUUUGACAGCUUGCAAAGUGGUGAAGACUUUGAAAGGCAGAUUGGAGUUUUGCAAUGUGUCUGCUGAUCACUGGAAUUUCUCAAGGACUGGUACCAGGUUGUUGAGCAUCAAGGCGCAGACAGCGAACUUGGUGCUGGAAGAUGGGACGAAGAUGAAGGGCUAUUCUUUUGGCUAUCCAUCCUCCACAGCAGGGGAAGUCGUAUUCAACACUGGUCUUUCUGGAUACACCGAAGCCUUGACAGAUCCCAGCUACAAAGGACAGAUUCUUACACUGGCUAACCCCAUAGUUGGGAAUGGUGGAGUGCCUGACACAGCUGCUUUGGAUGAAAUGGGCCUCAGGAGGUUUCUGGAGUCUGAUGGGAUCAAGGUUUCAGGUUUGCUGGUGCUGGAUUACAGCAAUGAGUACAGCCACUGGCAGGCUGCUAGGAGCCUGGGAGAGUGGUUGCAGGAAGAACAGGUGCCUGCCCUGUAUGGGAUUGAUACCAGAAUGCUGUCCAAAUUAAUUCGUGACAAGGGCACAGUACUUGGGAAGAUUGAAUUUGAAGGACAACCCAUGGAGUUUGCAGACCCAAAUAAACAAAACUUAAUUGCAGAAGUUUCAACAAAGGAAGUCAAGGUUUAUGGCAGAGGGAAUCCAAUUAAAGUUGUAGCUGUCGAUUGUGGGUUGAAGCACAACAUUAUUCGUCUGCUGGUAAAGCGAGGUGCAGAAGUGCAUUUAGUUCCAUGGGACCAUGAUUUUACCAGCAUGGAGUAUGAUGGGCUUAUAAUUUCCGGAGGUCCAGGGGAUCCCAUGAAGGCCCAGGAGGUGAUUCAGAAUGUCAGAAAGGUCCUGGAGAGCAAUCGUCCAGAGCCCUUGUUUGGGAUUAGCAUGGGGAAUCUAAUCACUGGAAUAGCAGCCGGAGCUACUUCCUACAAGAUGCAGAUGGCCAACAGAGGACAGAACCAGCCUGUCCUGAAUGCAGUGAAUGGACAGGCUGUCAUCACUGCUCAGAACCACGGUUAUGCCAUCGACAGCUCUACCCUCCCACCUGGCUGGAAGCCUCUCUUUGUGAAUGCCAAUGAUCAAACAAAUGAGGGAAUUAUGCAUGAGACCAGACCGAUUUUCACAGCACAGUUCUACCCAGAUGCAAAUCCUGGGCCAAGAGACACAGAGUUCCUGUUUGAUUCAUUUAUUUCACUGGUUAAAAGAGGGAAAGGCACUACCAUUUCCUCGGUCCUGCCCAAGGCUGGAGCAACAGCUUCCAGAGUGGAGGUCUCCAAAGUUCUCAUUCUAGGAUCCGGGGGUCUGUCGAUUGGUCAAGCAGGAGAAUUUGAUUACUCUGGAUCCCAGGCUGUGAAAGCCAUGAAGGAAGAAAAUGUGAAAAUCGUCCUCAUGAAUCCCAAUAUUGCUUCAGUGCAGACCAAUGAGACUGGCUUAAAGCAGGCUGAUGCUGUCUACUUCCUCCCCAUCACUCCACACUUUGUCACAGAGGUCAUCAAGGCGGAGCGCCCCGAUGGAUUAAUUCUGGGCAUGGGUGGCCAGACUGCCCUCAACUGUGGAGUGGAACUCUUCAAGCGAGGAGUCCUGCAGGAGUAUGGUGUGAAGGUCCUAGGUACAUCAGUUGAAUCCAUCAUGGCUACAGAGGAUAGAAAGCUUUUUUCCGAUAAACUGACUGAGCUAAAUGAAAAGAUUGCUCCUAGCUUUGCAGUGGAAUCGAUUGAAGAUGCUCUGAAGGCAGCUGAAAAGAUUAGCUACCCAGUCAUGAUACGUUCUGCUUAUGCCCUUGGUGGUCUGGGGUCAGGCAUAUGUCCUGAUAAGGAAAGUUUGCUGGACCUUGGUACAAAGGCGUUUGCAAUGACUAACCAAAUUCUGGUGGAAAAGUCAGUUGUUGGCUGGAAGGAGAUAGAGUAUGAAGUUGUGAGAGAUGCUGCUGAUAACUGUAUUGCUGUCUGCAAUAUGGAAAACAUUGAUGCUAUGGGAGUCCACACAGGGGAUUCUGUUGUAGUGGCUCCAAGCCAGACACUCACUAAUGAGGAAUUUCAGAUGCUGAGGGAUCGUGCCAUCAAAGUUGUCCGACAUUUGGGCAUCGUGGGAGAGUGUAAUAUCCAGUUUGCUCUGCAUCCGACUUCCCUGGAGUACUACAUCAUUGAAGUUAAUGCCAGACUCUCAAGAAGUUCAGCUUUGGCCUCCAAGGCAACAGGGUAUCCAUUAGCGUUCAUUGCUGCCAAAAUUGCCUUGGGGAUCCCCUUGCCAGAAAUCAAGAACGUGGUGACAGGAAAAACCUCUGCCUGCUUUGAGCCCAGCCUGGAUUACGUUGUUACCAAGAUACCCCGGUGGGAUUUGGACCGUUUUCAGCAUACGUCCAACCGGAUUGGAAGCUCCAUGAAGAGCGUGGGAGAGGUCAUGGCUAUUGGACGCACUUUUGAAGAGAGCUUCCAAAAGGCCCUGAGAAUGUGCCACCCCUCUGUAGAUGGCUUCACUUCACAUCUGCCUAUGAAUAAAGCCUGGCCAGCCAUCGUGGAUCUCCAGAAGGAACUCUCUGAGCCAUCCAGCACUCGGAUGUAUGCAAUAGCCAAGGCCUUGGAAAAUGAAGUCCCUGUGGAUGUCAUUCACAAACUCACAGCCAUUGACAAAUGGUUCCUCUAUAAGAUGCGCAGCAUUGUGAACAUGGAGAAGAUCCUGAAGGAAGUGAACCGUGAAACAGUUCCAGAAGAGACACUGAGGAGAGCCAAACAGAUUGGGUUCUCAGACAAACAGAUUGGGAAAUGCCUGAGGCUGACUGAAGUCCAGUGCCGUCAGCUGAGACUGAGGAAGAAUAUAGUACCGUGGGUGAAGCAGAUCGACACACUGGCAGCAGAAUACCCAGCAGUAACUAAUUACCUCUACAUCACGUACAACGGACAGGAACAUGAUGUAAAAUUUGAUGAUUGUGGAGUGAUGGUGUUGGGCUGUGGACCGUAUCACAUAGGCAGCAGUGUGGAGUUUGAUUGGUGUGCUGUCUCCAGUAUCCGCACACUGCGUGAGCUUGGCAACAAGACCGUCGUAGUGAAUUGCAACCCGGAGACAGUGAGCACAGAUUUUGAUGAGUGUGACAGACUGUACUUUGAGGAGCUGUCAUUGGAAAGGAUCCUGGACAUCUACCAAUAUGAGGGAUGCAGUGGUUGCAUUAUUUCUGUAGGUGGGCAGAUUCCCAAUAACUUGGCAGUGCCACUGCACCAGAGCGGAGUGAAGAUCCUUGGCACAAAUCCUUUGCAGAUUGACCGGGCAGAAGAUCGCUCCAUAUUUUCAGCUGUUCUGGAUGAGCUGCAUGUGGCCCAGGCUCCCUGGAAGGCAGUCAGCACACUGAGAGAUGCAGUUGAAUUUGCAAGCUCUGUGAGUUACCCAUGUUUGCUGAGGCCUUCCUAUGUUCUGAGUGGGUCUGCAAUGAAUGUAGUAUCCACUGAAGAGGAAAUGAAGAAGUUCUUAGCAGAAGCCACCAGAGUCUCUCAGGAUCACCCUGUGGUACUCACUAAAUUUAUUGAAGAUGCCCGUGAGGUGGAAAUGGAUGCUGUAGCCAAGGCAGGAAGAGUUAUCUCACAUGCUAUUUCAGAGCAUGUGGAGGAUGCAGGCGUUCACUCUGGAGAUGCCACCCUUAUGUUACCCACACAGACUAUUAGCCAGGGAGCCUUGGAGAAGGUAAAAGCUGCUACAAAAAAGAUUGCAGAUGCCUUUGCCAUCUCUGGUCCAUUCAACAUUCAGUUUCUGGUACGAGGCAACAAUGUGCUGGUGAUAGAGUGCAACUUGCGGGCUUCACGCUCUUUCCCUUUUGUAUCGAAGACUCUGGGUGUGGACUUUAUCGAUGUGGCUACGAAAGUGAUGAUUGGAAAAGAGGUUAAUGAGUCAUCUCUCCCCACACUGGAACAUCCCAUUAUUCCAUCCAAAUAUGUUGGGAUUAAGGCCCCAAUGUUUUCCUGGUCCCGUCUGAGAGAUGCUGACCCUGUUCUCCGAUGUGAAAUGGCCUCUACUGGGGAGGUCGCGUGCUUUGGGGACAAUGUGUCCUCUGCCUUCCAGAAAGCUAUGCUUGCCACUGGGUUUACGUUUCCUAAGGAAGGAAUUUUGAUUGGAAUCCAGAAGUCCUUCCGCUCCAGAUUCCUCAGCGUAGCAGAACUACUGCAUGAGGAAGGUUUCAAGCUUUAUGCCACAGAACCAACCUCAGACUGGCUCAGUGCUAACGGUAUCCCAGCAAAUCCUGUGGCAUGGCCAUCUCAGGAAAGCCAGAGUCCGAGCCUCCCUCCAGUCAGGACGCUGAUAAGAGAUGGGAAAAUAGAUCUGGUGAUUAACCUGCCUAACAGCAACACCAAGUUUGUCCAUGAUAAUUACGUGAUCCGGAGGAUGGCUAUUGACAGUGGGAUUGCUCUGCUCACUAAUUUCCAGGUGACAAAGCUUUUUGCUGAAGCUGUCAAAUACUCCGGGAAAUUGGACUCCAGGAGUCUCUUCCACUACAGACAGUUUGACAAUGGAAACACUGCAUAGAAGAACUAUC